UGUUUGUCGAUCAAUAUUUUGUUGUUUUCCUCACGACCGUCGAGAAUGUCCAUCAAAAAUGCAUUGAAAGUAGAUUUAAGGUAAUUGUUGACAUCACAUCAGAAUCUUGUUAUUUUUCAGAUCUGCAUUGAAAUAAAACCGACUCUGCAAAUGGAAGAAGACGAUUUCUUUGCCCCUCGGAAGAGAAAAAGACCAAAUGCCACUGCAUACUUGGAGGACCCAGGAUUCGAUCUUAUAGAUGAUCUAGAGGCACCUAUCAAAACUAAAAGGGAGAAGAAGUCAAAAGCCGAAAAGAAGUCAAAAGCCGAAAAGAAAUCAUUAGCUAAGAAAGACAAGUCUAACAAAGCUGCAAAAGAAGCACCCGCUAAAGAAAUCGAAGCUGAGAAACAGAUGUCAGAUGCUGGAGUCCUGGACAUUCCGGAAUGUUCAGUUGAGUCCCCCUUUGAAAACCUUCUGAAAGAGAAGAAAAAAGCCAGACAAAAGAAAGAAGUUUCGAAAAAGAAAAAAUCGAAAGACAAAUCUUUUGCACUUGCAAGUGAUGAUGAUACCGUUGCAAUUGAAGCUUUGAUUUUGAAAAAUGAAAAGAUUGUCAGCGACGGAGAGAAGAGUGGCAGUCAACCUAGCUUGUCAGAUACGCUCAUUGCUUCUGAAUCGCAAGAGUCAUUGAAUUUAAGCGCGGCUUCAUGCGACGAAAAUAACUCUCCACUUGGAAAUCAACGAAGGGACCAAUUUUUGAUCAAUCGAGGAAGGCUCAAAAUGCCGGAGGAAAAGGAAUCAAACCUGAAAACAAUGAUUGAUAAAACAUCGGGGGCUUCAAGCGGUUUGACAUUAAUGACCGAAAACUUGGACAUAGGAUCAUCUAGUUCUAAAGUAUCCAGCUUAGUGGGACUGGAAACACCUGAGCUGCGCUGUGACUAUUCAGAUAAAGUACCUAAUUUGUGUUCUAAUCGAAGUUUCAAUUCAAGCAAUACCAGUGAAGAUAAGAGUUCAUCCUUGUUGUCGAAAAACAUCUCGAAGAAGUCGUUCGAUCAAUUUGGAAGAAGAAACUUCAGACUUGGUCUUUCGAGAUCCACAAAAACUCUAACACCACUUCACAAAAACAUGAAAAUUUCACAAUUUUGAGAUUUUACAGAAAAACAUGCGGUAAAGUUUCUAUAUGCUGGCAAUCAACUGAUUCUGGCUGAACGUGUUUUUGCUUGAAAUAAAUUAGCUACUUAGGUAGAUAUAAAUUUUUUGUUGUUCAGAUAAUGUUCAGUUUAAUUUAUUUCCCGGAAUA